CUGAUAUGUUAAUUAUUUAUUGCAAAAUGGCGCCUUCCAUGAAGCGUGCAACACACGCAUGAAACCACGACAAAAGACGUCUGCUACGAACAAUAUUUAGAUUUAGAAGGUUCCUAGACAUGCGAUUAAGUAAAUCAACCAAGUGGUUUAAGUGUUAAGAAGUAACUCAUUUCAACUCAAAGAAAGGUAACCAUGUCAGAUGAUGAAGAAGAACCUGGUCUUCACUUUCGACCAACCAAACCAGUUGUAUAUGGAAGCUUGGAGGACAAAGAAAGGCAGCGAUUGGCUAAUAUCAAAACUUCAGGAUCUUUAGCCAGUGAUGCAAUUGAAGCUGGAAAAGCAGCAGGGAACAUUGUCAUAAAUGAUGGAUCCAGAUAUGAGAUUAGUGAUCAUGUAGACCAGUCUGAACUGUUGGCAGAGUUAGAAAGGAGGAAAAAGGCACGUCACAUCCACGUAUCCACAGAUGAUGCUGAAGUGAAGGCCAGUCUACGGCAGCUGGGAGAGCCCAUAUGCUUGUUUGGGGAGGGCCCCGCUGACAGGAGGGAGAGACUUAAGAAGUUAUUAUCACAGAUAGGAGAAGAUGCUCUCAAACAGAAGAAGCAGGAAGAAAUUGAACUCAAGAAGAAAAAGGCUGAGGAGAAUAUUACUUGGUACCACGAAGGUUCUGACAGUUUGAAGGAGGCUCGAUUCUGGAUAGCUGAGUAUUCCAUACCAAGGGCCAAGAAUAGAUUGGCAGCUCAGAGACAGACAAAAUUCAUUCCUACCACACAGAAAAAUGCCAAGACACAGGACAUACAGAAACGUAUUGGGGCCAUAUCCAAUGAAUGCAGUCAGAUUGGAGACAAUCGUCCUCUGUCAUUCUGCAACUUCAGUCCAAAUGGAAAAAUAUUGGCGGUGUCAUCAUGGUCUGGACUUUGUAAGCUGUGGUCCAUACCUGACUGCGGUUUGAUUAGACAACUCAGAGGACAUAGUGGCAAUGUAGGAGCAAUAGUGUUCCACCCUCACGCCACUGUCUCGCUUGAUGAAAAAGCCUGCUGUAUGGCUUCGUGUGGUCAAGAUGGAUCGGUCAAGCUCUGGAAUCUUGUCAGUGAGGAGCCUAUGGCAGACAUUGAAGGCCAUGCUCCAUACAGAGUGUCCCGUCUGGCCUAUCAUCCCUCUGGACGCUUCCUUGGAACUUGCUGUUUUGACAAUUCUUGGAGACUUUGGGACUUAGAGGCUCAGGAUGAGAUUCUACACCAAGAGGGACACAGUAAAGCUGUGUAUGACAUAGCCUUCCAGAAUGAUGGUGCUCUGUCUGUCACUGGGGGUAUGGACGGGUUUGGACGAGUCUGGGAUCUACGCACUGGACGUUGUGUCAUGUUCAUGGAAGGUCAUCAGAAAAGUGUACUUGGUGUGGACUUCUCUCCAGAUGGGUAUCACAUUGCAACUGGCAGUGAAGAUAAUACAGCAAAAAUAUGGGAUCUCCGGCAACACAAGUGUAUCUAUACCAUCCCUGCCCAUACAAACCUUAUCUCCAAGGUCAAGUUCCAACCGGACCAUUCCAAUUACCUGGUAACAUCUUCAUAUGACUGUACAUCAAAGAUCUGGGCCCACCCUACCUGGGCUCCACUAAAAACCCUGGCAGGUCAUGAGGGUAAGGUAAUGGCAAUCGACAUCUCACCUGACCGCAAGUACAUAGCCUCUGUGUCAUAUGAUAGAACGUUCAAAUUGUGGGCCACGGAUAGCCAGGGAGGCCUCUAGGAUAUAGUUAUAUGAUAAAACAUUCAAAUUGUCGGCCAUGGAUACCCAGGGAGGCCUCUAGGAUAAAGUCAUAUGAUAGAACGUUCAAAUUGUGGGCCACAGAUAGCCAGGGAGGCCUCUAGGAUAAAGUCAUAUGAUAGAACGUUAAAAUUGUGGGCCAUGGAUAGCCAGGGAGGCCUCUAGGAUAUAUUCAUAUGAUAGAACGUUCAAAUUGUGGGCCAUGGAUAGCCAGGGAGGCCUCUAGGAUAUAGUCAUAUGAUAAAGUGUUCAAAUUGUUGGCCAUGGAUACUAUUCAACAUGUGCUAUGCAAGGAAUGAUUUGUGACAACAGGUCAUGUAAUAACAGUGUCACAAAAGACUGUAUUCUCAAAACCAGGACCGGUGUAUACUAUACAAUGUAUACUAAAGCUAGUCCAUUGUAUAACAUGACAUUCAAUUGUAGAGGACCAACAUUGUGUGUGACAGGAUUUCAAACAUACAGAGUCUGUAUGUCAUAAAAAAGACUACCAAAGCCUGGAUUGACUGUCAAUAUUUUGGCCUGCGUCAUGAGGUCUUUACUUACAACUGAUCUCUGCAUAAAGUUGUCUUUUCAACAGGAUGCUUGAUUUUUUAUAUAUAUUGAACGACACUUCUUGUCGGUGUGCAAAAUAAGGACAGUGUUUGUAUGGCUUGAGUUGAUACAGGAAGAUUUAAGUGUUAUGUAUGGUGUUCAGAGCACAAAUGGACAGACUUAUAUUUGUCUUAUCAAGUUAGAAAAAACUGUCUACAUUUCAUCACAAAUAUGACUACAUAUUGUAAGUGUCAUGUUAUGUAGUUGAUAACAAAAUAAAUCAUGUCAUUUUAUCAAUGAAAGGUUGUGUCUGUGCUGUCUGAUAUAACUGAAAUGUACUUCCUUUUGAAAGUUUCAAGUUGAAAUUCAAAACAGUCCAUACAUGCCAUACCUCCCGGCGUGAGACAAAAUCUCCCUUAUUUUCAAGUCAUUUAUUUCCUCCCGGCUUUAACACAUAAAAGACAACAGGACAUCUGUGAAUUUUACAAUAAUGCUUUUAAUUUCAAAGGAAUAUCAUAUAUAACCUUGAUGAGAAUGUUGUAGAAGAACCAAAAUUAUGAACUAUGCACUUUUAAAUAGGAAAAUUACAGCAUGAUACAACUCUGUUGUUGUGAUGUAAGAGUUACUUCCCUUUAGUCCCAUUAUUUUGAUUAGAGGGUAUGUUUUAUGUUUUCCAAUACAUUGUCCCAGCCCAAUUACAUAUCACAACCUUAAAUUACCACGUGUAUACAUACAUCAUUAUGGAUAGGUAAAACUAAUAUUUAGUGAAAAUGAAGGUAUAAGUAUGGAAAAGUCUGUCUACUGGGCUCUAGUCACUGGAAAGUAAUGGUUCUACUAUUCUAUAGAUCAGAUUCAACUCCUUUUAAAUAAAAAAAUCCACUACAUGAUGCACUAAUAUAUCAUAGUGACCUCUGUAUGCUAAAAUAUAACAAAUUCUUUGUGUUUGUCUCCUUCAAGCAAUACAUUUAGCUAGGUUGGCACGACACAAUAAAAUAUGUU